AUGCUACAAAUGAUAUCACAAAUGCACCAAGCACAAUACAAUACAUAUACGACGACAACACAUUCAGGGAGAUGGCUAAUGAUCAUUUAUAAUACCUUGAUGAUGAGAUUGGUUUAUUGGGGAAAGAAGCGCCUCAGUAGUGGAAAAUAUCAGCAAAUUAAUGUUUCAGAAAAGCUUGCAGCAUUUGUAAUUUUUGAUGAGAAACGAUCAAAUAGUAAAAAAAAAGAAAAAAACAAAACACUAACAGCGCGCAUCGUUUGUCAAGGAACCGAUGCUCAGCGUUUUCGUCCCGUAUUUGCAGCAGAAGCCGCAGGCCGCCGCGUUGCAGCCUUAAGCUGCAGUGGCGAUGCAACAGAGACGACGUCCUUAAAAUUAAUGCAGUGCAAUUGGUACUAUAGCAGCAGUAACCAAUUCCGGAAAGGAUAA